AUGUACGAAUGGAAUUGUGAAAAGAGGCUGAGGCGUGCUCAAGCGAUACAUGUCAAUGAAUGGGGUCUCGCCUGUCGGUCACGAUCACAGAGCAUUCAGCCGGAUGGGAUAAUCGAGAGGAAGGAGCUUUUAGAUUUUCUUAUCUUACACAGCAACUGCUGGCUUCCUCUCGGCUACAAUUUCCCGCCGCGGAGAGAGGGGAGUGAGCUUGAGAAUCUAGAGACGCGUGUUUCGGUACGAUUUUCCUCCAUACGACGUCUUCUCUGCUUCCCCGAGACCCUAGCCACAACAAACGACGUUCUCAGAGCGCUUAGGCUAAACCUACUGAGCGUAACGGUUCGGUCGCUACAGCAUGAUAUCGCUAUGCAUUCUUUUCACCCUUUCCUUCUUUCCACACCCGUCAAAAAACCCUCAUCAUCCAGUAUGGACAAGUAUACGUUCGAGCCUUCAUCGAAGGUACUGCAAAUGAGCUCUAGGACCAUUGAAACCCUCUCUUACGAGUCUCUUCGAAUGCGAUAG